UGUUGUAGAUAAAACGUUUGAGUAACAUAUGCGCUGCCACAUGCGUCGUAUUUGUCCUUUUCUAUAGUUAGCUGGUUAGCUAUGUCUACAACCUCCAAAUUAGUACUUGGGAUUUCUGUAACUCUUACAUUGGCGACUGUUGCGGGAGUGCAUAUCAAGCAAAAUUGGGACCGAGAGAGAUUGCGGGAGGGAGUUUUCCGAGACCUGGAAAGAGUGGAGAGGAAGAGAGAGAAUCUGAGGCUUCUUGAGGAGCAAAUCAUUCUGACUAAGGAGUUGGAGGCAGAGCGAGAGAGGAGAGCUGCUGGAACACAAGGUCCCUAGGCCUUGAACAGCUGCUGC